CCAAGAUGAGCAUUUCAAUGUUAACUUCAUUAACUCAUCGAUCAACUCAAUCAAGACUAUCAUCUCGACUAUACCAUCAAUUCAGUUUACCAAGACUCAACAUUACAAUCACACCUCUUAGACUUUUCUCUUCUUCUAUUCCAUCAAAUUGGAAAUCAAGUAAACCGAAAAACAAACCAAAUCGAUAUAAACUAAAAACUCAUCAAGGUGCUUCUAAACGAUUCUUUGUCACAGGUCAUGGUCAAUUCAAACGUUCACAAGCAGGUAAACAACAUUUAAUGACCGGUACAUCACAUUCAAAAAAACGUAAAUUAAAACCCAUGAUUAUUGUCAAUAAGACUCAUACGACCAAAUUACGAAAACUUUUACCUUAUGUUGGAAAACGAGCUGGGUUUAGAAAAGUCAAUGAGGUAGAUUCGGUUUGGUGGUCAACAGGUAGAUUACAGAAAUCGGGAAGUGCUUUGAGAUUGGCUAUCUUGAGGGCUAAAGGGUUUGAAAAAUUAAAAAUCUCGGGUUCUACUCAAUCAGAUUCGAUUUCUAAUUCUAUUUGAGUUUUGGGUUAUGAAGUUUGGAAUGAAGAAAUCGGUUGAAUUGAUGGUAUUUGUCGAUCAUUUGUAAGCGAAUUCUGUAGGGAUCUCGAAGAGCUAGGUGACCAAUCGUGCGUCUUUAGUAAAAGUAAUAUUGGUCAAGUGAAUUGAUAUGUAUCAAAAAGUGGAGGUAUAUUCCCAUAAACCAUUCAUCUGGAACCACUAUCUGAUUCCAAGAGGUGCAAAAUCCUAAGGAUUUCAAAGAUAAAUUAAACCAUAGAAACAUGUAGCGGGUCAAAGGAGUGAUAUUCAAGAUUGCUGUUGGCUAGAAGCUUAAGUCAUCUCUUGCUUGUACAUUUGCUAUGAAGUACUUUGCUUUUUGAUUUUCCGUGGCAAUUCUUUGCUUUUCUCGCCGGUGACAAAUCGAUAAAUGAAGCCGGGAGUCUCAUCGAUUCAUAAUUCUAUUGUCUCAGCACAAAAUGUUGAAGGUCUGAAGUGUGAUGGAUGAGCUUUAAAUCACAUUAUCUUGGUGUCGCAUGUCUUGAAAUAAUGAUAAUUCGAGAUUUCAAAAGCU